GAAGAUCAUGAUGGAAGCACAUCUCUACGCUCUACAUGACUGCAUGUGGAUGGUGCUUGAGGAUGGACCCUUGAAAAUCCAAAUGGAGAAUCCUGAGAGGAAUCCAGCAACUCCUGAUGUAAUCCAGUACAUUCCAAAGCCCAAGGAAAAAUGGGAUGAUAGAGAUUGUAAAAAGCACAAUCUGGACAACGUCGCCAAAGCAGCCAUCUUCAAGACACUUGAUCCCAUCACCUUCUCCAAAAUCAAGCAUCUCAAGACUGCCAUGGAAAUAUGGCAAGGUCUUGGGAAGCUAUGUGAGGGAUCAGAGGACUUGAGAAAGCAGAAGAUAGAAGUCCUACUUGAGAAGUUCAAAGGCUUCAAAAUGCUUCCCGGAGAAUCAUUUGAUAUGUUGGAUGAAAGGUUCCACAAAAUCUUGAAUGAUCUUGCCUCACUUAACCACAUUCUUUCUCCCAAAGAAAAGAAUGUAAGGUUGCUGAGAUCACUCCCAACUGAGUGGUACACCAAAGCCACAACCAUGGAAGAAGGAAGAAACCUGGAAAACUACACUGUUCAAGGUCUCCUUGAUGAACUCAGAACCUAUGAGCACGAGCUGAAAAAGAAGAAGGAAGAACAAGUCACUCCCUUCCCCACGCCAUUGAUGACAACUUCAAGAAUUCCAUCAAGUGAAGGGACAUGCACAAGAAACUGUGACACACCUUCCUCUAGCCAGCCGUCAAGCUCAAAAAUGGAGAACUACGGAGAGGAUUUUGCCAUGAUGGCCAAACAAUUCCGGAAGUUCAAGAAGUUCUUCAAGAAGGCUGAUUCAAUCAGAAGGCCAUCUAAGGGAAAGCCACAGGUAAGUGACUCCCCUCCUGAAUCUUAUUUAUGUUAUAACUGCAGGAAGCCUGGCCACUGGAAGUCAGCAUGCCCGUACCCAAAAGUGGAGAAGUACGGAGAAAGAGAAAGGAUCGAGAAGAAAAAGAAAGCAAUGGUUGCCGCUGAAAGUGACGAGUCAUCCAGCUCAAGCUCGGAUGAAGAAGCCCUCGUCUGCAUGGAGCGCAGAGUUGAGAAGUCCAACCGUGAGGAUAGGUGGACUAUGUCAGAAGAUGACACUCUCUGCCUAAUGGCCAAAGAUGAUGCUGAUCAAGAGGUAACCUCACAAACCUCCUGCUCAUCUUCUUAUAGCACACCAACUUCUGAAAAUCUUUUUGACCAGUUCAAAAAGAUGAUGAAAGACUUUGAGGAGAUAAAUCUCAAACACACAUCCUUAACAGAAGAGAACAAACUAUUGAGUGAAGAGAAUCUCAAGUUGACUGAAAGUCGGAAAAGUCAACUGAAUGAGAUCACUCAACUCAAGACUGAAAAUGAAUCUCUCUCUGAAAAGGUGAAAUCCCUUAACAAAGAGCUAGGGAUACUCAAGUCCCAAGAAGCAGUGAACAAGCUGCUUGAAACGACCAAACAUAAGGGUCGCAAAGGACUUGGGUUUGACUCCUCUAGUUCCAAAAGGAAAGGGAAGACAACUUUCAUCCCUCCUAAACCUACUGCCAAACCUAAUAAGCAGAAAGGGAAGGAAAAUGAGAAACCAACAGAAGUUCCCAAAAAGGUAGUCCCUCCUAAGAACUAUAGGAAGCUGGACAGACCUCAAAAAGGAAAUAAUUUCAGAAGAAAACCUUCUAAACCCCAUUAUACACGAGGCUAUACUCAUUAUGGGGUAGACAGGAGUUUUCCAAGAAAUUCUGAGUGGAGAACUAUUCCAAGAUACAGUCACUCUCCACCCCAGAAGCUAUUUGUGCCACCUAAGUAUGCUUAUAACCGACACAGGACACACUAUGCACAACCUAGACAAAACUAUAGGUCUUAUCAACCUAGGUUUGCUAGGAGGAAACAAGAAAUAGCACCUCCUGCACGUAGGAAGUUUUAUGCCUACAACUAUGAUUACAAUUCCAACAAGUUUAGAGCUGCAAGGAAGAUUCCCUGCAACUUCAAACUUGAUGAAGCCACUAAGUACCUAGGUGUCUGGUACUUAGACAGUGGCUGUUCAAGACACAUGACGGGUGAUGCGAGCCUUUUGAGCAAUCUAAUUCCCUAUGAUGGUCCAAGAGUUACUUUUGGAGGAAGCAAUGAUUUCAGCCUCACUAAAGGGCUAGGAAAUCUGGUGUACAAGGGACUAACCAUCCAAGUUGUAUCUUAUGUUGAAGGACUCAAUUAUAACCUUCUUAGCAUAAGUCAAUUUUGUGAUAAAGGUUACUCCUUGGAAUUCUGCAAGAAUAUGGCAUCUCUCAAGAACAUCUCCACAAAUGAAGUCAUUCUCACUGGGAAGAGAAUCAGAAAUAUUUAUGAAGUAAUAUGGAGCGAUGUCAAGGAAGCAUGUCUAAUCAACAAAGACAAGGAUGAAGAAGUCAAUGAAGGAGAUAGAAUGAAGCCCACGGAGUUCAUUCCAUUCAAAAGUCUGCCUCUGAAGACUUCACAGAGAAAUCCGGAUUUAGACAGUGCUGAGCCCUCCGGAAACUUUGGCCAACCUUCCAAUAUUCCGGAUCUCUCAAACGGCGAUAAUACCGGAAAUGGCGACCCAGUGCGAAUCCAUCCGGAAACACCAACAACUUCUGUUCUUCAACCAGAAGCUGGACUAAAUCAACCAGUCAAUCCCAAUCAACACAAUCUUCGUUGGUUAAGGAAUCAUCCUCCUCAACAGAUCAUCGGAGAUAUUCAAUCUGGUGUUCGCACAAGGAGUGCCCAACAGAAUCUAGAAGCUAUGCUUGCUUGUUUCAUCUCACAAGUUGUCGGUGCAAAUGUCCACUUCCAGAAGAUAGAAUCCAAGUGCUCAUCACCAACAUUCUUUCAAAGCUAUCUGCAAAUGAUAGCCGCUCAAGAACUCUCUGAAUUUCUUCAAAUGGAGAUUCGCCUCAAAUUCGAGGAAGAAGUUCUUGAAUUCUACAGAAAUGGAGAGUUCAAAACUGCUCAUUCAAAGAAGAACCCACAGAAGACGUUUCCAGUCAUCAAGUCCACUGUUGGAGGUACAAAAGUGAAGCUUUCGCAAAAGAAAUUGGGAGAAAAGCUUCGCCUUCCCAAUUCUGGAUUUGAAGUUGGGAAAUUUCCAGUCAAAAAUCUGGACUGGAACAUCAUUGGAAUCUCUGGGCAAGUUCCUUCUGGCCCAGCGAAGAAAGCAGAUCUAAACAACGAUUACAAGUUGGUUUUGGAACUGGUCAUCGCUUGCCUCGAGUGUGGAAGUGGAGUUAAAGGGAAAAAGUAUGAAGCCAGAUACUGGCUAUACUACUUAUCCUCCAAAGGAGAAAACAGAGCUAGUGCUAGUGCCACUGCAGAAGAAAGCUCAUCAGACAAUGUUCCACUCAUCAAUUUCACAAAGACUACCAAGAGAAAGCAUGUGGAGAAAGAACCUGCUGAGGAAACCUCUGCUCAAAACCGGAGCCCUCAACAACUUGAAGAAGAAAUUCCUCAAGUCCAAAGCCUUCCAACCUCAUCACCUCAAUCUCAAAGAGAUGAUGCAGGUAACCAAUUCUGGCAGCUCUACUAUGGUUGGAAAGCCUGGAAAGUUGGAAAUUCAGCAGAGCAACUAUUGAAUUGGGACCAACAACUGAAGAAUGAGAAGAUCAUCAAAAAGUGCUUAGGAAUACCAGUCAACCACAACUGUGAACAAAUUUUGGAUGACUACUGGGUAUGGCAAAGGAAUCCUGAAGACUUGCAUCUGGAAAACCUGGCCAACACACCAGUUUCAGACUUUGAAGCAGAUGAUGAAGAUCCUGCAGUCUUCAAGUCAAUCUUCUCAAAAGACACAGAAGAUCAAGUGGUUUUCACUUCUGAAGCACAAGGUGUUUUGGAAGCAGCAGCUGAAGAUUUCCAAACACUUCCGGAAACCUCACAUGUUUCUGAAAUGGUUCUAACUGAAGUUGUAGAAGAGAAGGCAAUCUCACCACCACAAGAACAGAACCAGGAAACAGCAGAAGAAGAAGAAUUUCAGCCACUAAUCCGAUCUCAAGUUUUGGAGAUUCUCACCAUUCCUUGUGAGAUCUCCAAUCCUACUGAAAUGGAGAUCUCGGAGAAGUCAGCAGAAAUUCCGGAACAGUCAGCUCUUCCAGAAACAAUGGAGCAAGCUGUUGAAGCACAAAGGAAUUCUGGAGAAGCUGAAAAGGAAACUCAAAUGGCAGAACUAGAGGUCUCUCAAACUCCAGUAGCCAUUUUUGAAGAAGAGAAUACAGCUGAAGAAAGAGACUCCCUCUCUAGGGAUAUAUCAAAUUUUGCGCUUGAAGCAGAAGGAGAGUCUGAAAGAACACUGAAGGUUACUGAUGAAGAAGAUGUACAAGAAGAUGCUGAAUCUCUUCCUAUGCAACUCUUCCAAAGAACACCACCAUCUCAUCAGGUAACCAAUUUUCAUUUCCAUAGCUCUUCCACCCCUACUCUUCCGGAUGAGAUACCGGAAAUCUGGACAAAGAAGGUCCAAGGGCUGAUUGAAUCAGCCCUAGCAUCUCAACAUGCCUCCUUUAGGCAAGAGAUAGAGCAAAUGGAAGUCAGGCACACCGAGCUGAUAAAGAAAUCUGAAGGAAAACACAGCGCAGAUCUCAAAGAAAUAAGCAAAUCAGUGCACAAGACUCUGGAGAUUAUCUCUCUAUUGAGUGAAACUGUGAGCAACACAAUGGAAAUAUAUGCCUCUGACAGUCAACUUCAACUCAAAGAGAUCAACAAAGUCAAAGAGCAAAUAGCGAGUGUCACAGUUAGUCUCCAAAAACAUAUGUCCCUUCUCCAAAUGGACAUCAGAUCAGCCCUAGCAGUAGCUUCUGCAAAUCAGGUAGUGACCAAAGACUACUUGAAGGUGAUCAUUGACAAUCAAAAGGAAGCAUACAAGCUGUUCAGACUUAUUGGCGCAAAUUCUGGAAACCGCAAGAUGGAAUACGGAGUAUUUAACAAUAUUGCGGAAGCGAAUUUAAUAUUGACAUAUCAUAAAUCAUUUCAAAACUUGUCACAUCCAUCCCGACAAUCUCGCCCCAUCUGCCGCCAGGAUCACAUUAAUCUUUCUGUUUACCUGCGUGUAGCAAAUAAAACAUACUACACGCUCAGCGUUGAAGCUGAGUAAGCAUAUCUAAUGCAUCGAACAUCCNUUAUAGCUUCAAAAAUAGCAUUUUUGGGCUUAAAAAUGUUCGUAACGGUCGACCGUUGGGUCCGAACGGUCGCCCGUUCCGCUGGAAAAUGCAGGAAAUUGAAGGUUCACUAUUCAUCAUCUUCAACCUCUAGCCCAUUUUUCUCAAGUUCCAUUUUUGGUCACCAAACUUCAAUUAAACUAUAUAGAAAUGU